AUGUCCGCAAGAAGAAGAGGUGGAAAGGCCAAAGCCGCCUCAAAAUUGGUCGCAAAGAAAGAUACAGGUCAAUUCAUUGAAGCAUUGAAACUGUACGAAAAUAAAGAAUAUAAGAAGUCGAUUAAGAUCUUAGAUGUUAUCCUAAAAAAAUCGAGUAGCAAUACUGAUUCUCUUGUUUUGAAAGGAGCUAACUUGUUUGCCUUAGGUGAGAAAGAUGAGGCUGCUGUUUUGAUUAAAAAUGCUUUGGGAAAAAUCGAAGGUACAAAAGCAUCAAGUAUUUGCUGUCAUCUUCUAGGGAUUUAUAUGAGACAAGUCAAAGAUUAUGCAGCUUCAAUCAAGUGGUUUCAAGCAUGCUUAGCCAAUGGUUCCAAUAAUAACCAAAUCUAUAGGGAUUUGGCUACAUUGCAAUCACAGACCAAUGAUUUCAAAGGCGCACUUGUCUCAAGAAAGGAAUACUGGGAAUCAUAUCCAGGCUAUCGUGCUAACUGGACUUCGUUGGCGGUAGCACAAGAUAUUAAUGGAGAAAGGCAACAGGCAAUUAAUACGUUAUCCCAGUUUGAAAAAUUAGCUGAAGGUAAAAUUGGACCAUCAGAAUUAUAUGAGCACAACGAAUGCCUUAUGUAUAAGAACGAUAUUAUGUUCAAAGCUGCUGGCGGAAAUAGAGACAAACUACAAAACGUUUUGAAACAUCUUAAUGUUAUUGAACCAAAUGUGUUUGAUAAGUUCGGUUUGCUCGAAAGGAAAGCUUCAAUUUACAUGAAAAUGGGACAAUUCAAAGAUGCUUCGAUUGUAUAUAGAACUUUAAUCAAAAGAAACCCAGAUAACUUUAAUUAUUACCCAUUGUUGGAGAUUUCUCUAGGUAUUAGAAGUGACAAUAAAUUAAGAAAAGCACUUUAUGGAAAAUUACAAGAAUUCUACCCUAAUUGUGAACCACCAAAAUAUCUGCCUUUGACGUUUAUUCAAGAUAAAGAAGAGCUUUCUAAGAAUCUAGAAAAGUAUGUUACUGCCCAACUACAACGUGGUGUUCCAGCAGCUUUCUCUAAUCUCAAACCUUUAUAUAAAAAAAGAGGAAAGAUUGUAUCGAAUGCAUUAGAAGAAAUUGUUUUGAAAUACUUUGAAUCAUUGAAUCCUAAAAGUGACCAUAUCUGUUAUAUCUGGACCGGUUACUAUUUAGCCCAACAUUAUUUGUUUUUAAAGGAUUUAGUUAAAGCACAACAUUACAUCGAUACAGUUAUUUCUCAUACUCCAACAUUAGUUGAACUUUAUAUUCUAAAGGCAAGGAUUUUUAAGCAUUUAGGCUUAUUAGAUGAGGCAGCAAGUAUUUUAGAAGAAGGAAGACAAUUAGACCUACAAGACAGGUUUAUUAAUUGUAAGACAGUUAAGUAUUUCUUGAGGGCAAACAAGAUUGAUAAGGCGGUUGAUAUUGCCUCUGUUUUCACCAAGAAUGAUGAUGCACCGAACGGUAUUAAGGAUUUACAUUUUGUUGAAGCUUCAUGGUUCAUUGUAGAACAGGCCGAGGCUUACUAUAGGCUACAUAUUAAUACAGUAAAAGGAAUUGAGCAGCUACCUGAGGAUGAUGCGGCAGACGCUACUAAAUUAGCACAAUUAAAGUGGGAUGCCGAAAAAUAUAAAGGGUUGGCAUUGAAAAGAUUUUACGCUAUCUCUAAGUUUUAUAAACAAUUUGAAGACGACCAGCUCGAUUUCCAUUCUUAUUGUAUGAGAAAAGGGACACCAAGGGCAUACUUAGAAAUGUUGCAAUGGGGGAACUCGUUAUAUACAAAACCUAUCUACGUUCGUGCAAUGGAAGGUGCUUCUAAGAUCUAUUUCGAUAUUUUCUCUGAAAAUUCAAAGAUAGGUAUUGUUGAUCAAGAUUCAUCGGCAUCAUCUGCUAACUAUAAAAAGGUUAAGAAGGAAUCGACAAGUUUAAGAAGACGUAAAGAGGAAGAGAAGAAGAUUGUAGCUGCAUAUGGAGAGGACCAAGAUCGUGAUGUUUUCGGAGAGGUGCUAAUUAAUACAGAAGUCCCCUUGGAAGAAUUUGCAUCCAACUUUUAUGACAACUAUUGCAAACAAGUAAACGAAAAUGAAAAAGAUUUCGUUUUAGAAUUUGAAUACCAAUAUAAGGCAGGAAAACUGGUGCUGUGUUUUAGUGCCUUGACUAAGUAUGCAAAGAAAUAUGGAAUCAAAAAUGGUAUGUUUGGAGCAAUGGCUAUCAUGUUAUUACUAGGGACAAGAGAUUCGAUAACUACUUUUGAAACCAUAGCUAAGAAGGUGGUUCUAAAGGGAUUUGAAACUGAUUUCGCUAAUUUCCCAAUACACGAACGUGAGAAUGAAAAUUAUGAUUGGUUAACCUUUUUUGAAGAAAAUUAUAGUUCCAAGGACUUCAGUGCACUGCUAUAUUUCAGAAGAAACGGAAUAUUCGAUCCUUCUCGAAUUUCAAGUAUCAUAUUAGACAGAUUGUCUAAUUACGAGCCGUAUGUCAAGGAUGCCGUGUUACAGUAUGAACUAUAA